GCCCGCGGGUUGAAGAAAUCGUACGCAUCGAGCGAGUGACAAGCGCCGCGUCUCACCAAACAAAGAAAAAGCAAAAGCAGAGCCUGAAAAAAAGAAAAAAAAACACAAAUUAAAAACAACUGAUGAUAAAAACAUAGAAAUCCCCGCUACACUCACAUAAAAACAGAGCCAGUCCAACGAAUAUUUUGUAGUACCUACCCAAAAAAAAAAAAAAGAUAAAACCGAUAAAACGCAACAAAAUGCUGCCACAAAUCGCAGGCAAAUGAGCCCGCUAGCCAACGGCUCCCAUCUGCGGCUGCUGCAGAGCAGCGAGUCCGAGCCCGGUCCCGCAUCCGCAUUCGCAUCCGCCUCUGUAUCCGCAUUCGCAUCCGCAUCUGAAUCCCCAUCAUCAUCAUCAGGAUCUCCUCACCGCGUCUCCCUGUGUGUGUGCCUGUGUUCGGGAAAAGCGGACCGCCAGCAAUUGCAGUGUAGGGCGUCCGCCGCAGCAAACUACUAAGCCUCGAGUGUCGAGUGUCUGAAACUCAAAUCUGAAAUUGAGUUUCGUUUCCGGUUCCGCCGCGCGUCGCUCAAUCCGUUUGGCCAAGUCGGUCGGUUGGUCCGCUUACGCUCCUUUCCGUUCCGGUCGGUGGGUCGUUUGCCCCUUCAGACAUUUGGUCCUGCUCGAAAAUUGAUGCCAGCAGCAGCCCUGUAAUACACACCCACACCCAAGACUGCUAACUGGAAUUGCUUCGAACCAUCACCAUCAAACCGAACAACAACCACAACAAAGUGCUGCCAGCAACAAAAACGUAAUCAGGAAUUUAAGCAAAACAAAAAAAAAAAGAGAGCAACAUCUGAGGCAGGAAGGAAGCCGAAAGGAUGUUUAUGGAAUUGUCAUCGUUAGCGAGCAACUGACGCAACACAGCUCAAGGCAUGUGGCAACAGCAACAUCUGCAGCAACAGCAGCAGCAGCAACACUGAGCGGCAGCAGCAACACUUGGCAACAGGGGCAACUAGGAAGGCGGUUGCAGGCAACCUCCGUGGAUCGGUGGAGUGCUGCUGUAAAGCAGCACCAUAGCUGCCAUUAAAAUAGACGCCGCGGCGCAACAGCAACGCUGCCGUCGUCACAAUCAACGCCAGCGACAACACCACCCCCAUCAUCGCCAUCGCAGACGACGACGGCGCAGCAGCAACAGCAGCAGCAACACCAACGGAAGCAGCAGCAGCAACAACGGCAACAACGGCAGCAGCAGCAGCAACUGCAACAUCAGCAGCAACUGCAGCAGCGUCAGCGGGCUGUUGGGCGCAGUGGGCGUGGCCGGCAGCUGCCCAUUGCUAGCCACUCAGCAACUAAUCGACGAACCGGGCAGCAGCAACAACACUGGCGACGACGACGGCGGCGCAGCAGCAGCAGCAGCAACAACGCAGCAGCAACACUGCAAACAGCAACAUCAGCAAAGUGGUCGACGGCGACGCUACGACGGCCUGUCAUCUUUAGGCAAUGCAACGCGCUGUGCAGCAACGGUGAGUUGAUUAAUCACUGUAUUGCCAGGAUACGGGGUUGGACCUGGCCUAAGAUGGGUAGCGUGCUAUUCGCAGCUGUAUUCAUAGCAUUACACUUCGCCACCGGCGGCCUGGCCAACCCAGAUGCAAAGCGACUCUACGACGACCUGCUGAGCAACUACAAUCGCCUCAUCCGACCCGUGGGCAACAACUCGGACCGCCUGACCGUCAAGAUGGGUCUGCGCCUCUCCCAGCUGAUCGAUGUGAAUCUGAAGAAUCAAAUUAUGACAACCAAUGUCUGGGUGGAGCAGGAAUGGAAUGACUAUAAAUUGAAAUGGAAUCCGGAUGACUACGGCGGCGUGGACACGUUGCAUGUACCCUCCGAGCAUAUAUGGCUUCCGGAUAUUGUGCUCUAUAACAACGCCGAUGGCAACUAUGAAGUGACAAUAAUGACAAAAGCAAUUCUUCAUCACACGGGCAAAGUGGUGUGGAAACCACCCGCCAUUUACAAAUCCUUUUGCGAAAUUGAUGUCGAAUACUUUCCCUUCGAUGAGCAGACAUGUUUCAUGAAGUUCGGCUCCUGGACCUACGACGGUUAUAUGGUUGACUUGAGGCAUUUGAAGCAGACUGCCGACUCGGAUAACAUAGAGGUGGGCAUCGACCUGCAGGAUUACUAUAUAUCUGUGGAAUGGGAUAUCAUGCGGGUGCCGGCGGUGCGGAACGAGAAGUUCUACAGCUGCUGCGAGGAGCCCUAUCUGGACAUCGUGUUUAACCUCACACUCCGACGGAAGACGCUCUUCUACACUGUGAACCUGAUCAUCCCCUGCGUGGGCAUCUCGUUCCUGUCGGUGCUGGUCUUCUACCUGCCCAGCGACUCCGGCGAGAAGAUAUCGCUCUGCAUCAGCAUCCUGCUGUCGCUCACCGUGUUCUUCCUGCUGCUGGCCGAGAUCAUUCCGCCCACCUCGCUGACGGUUCCGCUGCUGGGAAAGUAUCUGCUCUUCACCAUGAUGCUGGUCACGCUCUCCGUCGUUGUCACCAUCGCCGUGCUCAAUGUGAACUUCAGAUCUCCUGUCACGCAUCGCAUGGCACCGUGGGUGCAGCGCCUCUUCAUCCAGAUCCUGCCCAAGCUGCUCUGCAUCGAGCGGCCCAAGAAGGAGGAGCCCGAGGAGGAUCAGCCGCCCGAGGUGCUCACCGAUGUCUAUCACCUGCCGCCGGAUGUGGACAAGUUUGUCAACUACGAUUCGAAGCGUUUUAGCGGCGACUACGGCAUUCCAGCCUUACCCGCCUCACACCGCUUCGAUUUGGCCGCGGCGGGCGGUAUUAGUGCCCAUUGUUUCGCGGAACCACCGCUGCCCUCCUCACUGCCACUCCCAGGCGCCGACGACGACCUGUUCAGCCCGUCGGGCCUCAACGGAGACAUUAGUCCCGGAUGCUGUCCGGCUGCUGCUGCCGCCGCGGCCGCCGCCGCCGCCGACCUCAGUCCCACGUUCGAGAAGCCCUACGCCCGCGAAAUGGAGAAGACCAUCGAGGGAUCCCGCUUCAUAGCCCAACACGUGAAGAACAAGGAUAAGUUCGAGAGUGUGGAGGAGGACUGGAAGUACGUUGCCAUGGUAUUGGAUCGUAUGUUUCUGUGGAUCUUCGCGAUCGCUUGCGUGGUCGGCACUGCGCUAAUUAUCUUGCAGGCGCCCAGUCUGUACGACCAAUCGCAGCCAAUCGACAUACUCUACUCAAAAAUUGCCAAGAAGAAGUUCGAGCUGCUCAAGAUGGGCAGCGAUAACACCUUAUAACGACCACUUGGGUUCGCGGCCGGCUGGUGGAAUCUAAUCAUCAGCUCGCUGCGGACCCUGUUCGCCGCUCGCGACGAUGAUCGUGGAUAAUAUACGAUGAGCCAGACCAUGAGUAUUUCCUCGGCGCUGUACAACACUAACAGUAGCAGCAGCAGCAACAGCAGUGACAGUGGCAGUGUCAUUAGCAGUGUUGUAAAGGGUAUUGUGAGUAGUGUUGCGAGCGCCAACGAAACGGAUGACUCGUGGAGCCCAUCGUAAAUGAAACGCGAGGCGAGUGAAGUGAACAUUGCGAAAUGAAUUGAAUGAAUUGAAUACAAUCGAAUGGAGGGCAAGUUUUUGGAGCAGUUGAUCAAAAUAUGUAUGUAAUGUAAUUCAAGGGAGUUGUAGUGUUGAUUAACCAAGACAGUGCUGGAUAGCGACGCGAGCCAAAAGAUCGGUGCGGAGCGGUGCUUAGUUUGUAAGUUUUUUGAUGAACUUGAUGUAUGUCUGUGUGGGUCGAGGAAGUUCAGGUGGUUCGCGGAUCCUCGCCAAGAUCCCCGGGCCAAUGUUGUAAAAAGCGUAUGGAGUUUUGUAAGUUAUAUUGUAUUUUUGAGCGCCAAAAAGUUCCUUGUUACAUCUUUUAGUUUUAAAGUUCCACACAACACACAACAACAAAAAGACAAAAAAAAAGACAAAUGAAAAUGUUUUAAAAUUGCAUUUUAAAUUUAAAUCUGACUGCAUGUGUUCAGUGCGUGAGUGUGGGUGCUUGAGUGAAAGGUAGUGUGAUUGCGGGCGUGACAAAGUGCAUAUACAAAUGUACGGAAAAAUAAAUAAAUUUUAAUUGUUUAUUUAUUUGUGCAUAUUUUUCACAUUAUUUUUAGCAGAGCAAAAGCAAACGCAGAAAUAAUGCGCCCACGCUGAAUGGGUAAAAUUAAAUUGCAUAAAAUUUCAAUCUAUUUUUAGCAUAAAUAAGUAAAGUAAAUUCGGUAAACUACAUUUAAUUAGCCCAUAAGUCGUAAAUAGUGGUAGCUAAGCAAAUCUAGUAUUGAAUUAAAUUUAAUAUUAAACAAAAAACACGAAGUCCGACUAAUCGGUUCGUAAGAAGCGCGAAAUUCUGAAAUAAAUUUAGUUGAAUGUUGAUACAAAGGAGUCGUCACAUUUUUACUAACCACAGGCAACACACACACACAUAUAUAUAUUAUAUCGUGCAAGCAUACAUAUAAAUAUAUAUAGAGUACGUAUACGUAUUUAUAGGAUUGCAGCUAGUCAAAUCACAUAACAACGGAAACGGAAACACACAAAACAAUUUCAAUUAAAAACACGCACACAUACAGACAGACACGGCGAAAAACCAGUAACAAUAACUAAAGCGAAUUGCUUUUUGGCAAGCACUUUGUACCUUCAGUUUGAGAAGCGAUUUUAAUCAAUUAAAUUAUUGCGCAUAAUACAAAUACCAUUUUGGCUCAGCAGCUCGUAUUCAUAGGACUUUGAUUGUUUUCUACAGAUGUUUAUUUAGCAGCUCCGUUCCCAACUCCCUCUCGGUUAACCCGCUGUUUUGUAGUUCCCUGCACUCAUUUUGCAUUCAUCGGAGCAUACGGAGCGUUUCAGCAACCUUUGGCAAGUUCAAUUUAAAAUAAAACUUUUUAAUUACUUUCAACGGGCCACGCGAGUGGUGUUCAGAGUUCUUAGUCCCGGGCUCUGGUUUUCUGGUUUCUGGCCUUUCUGGCCAUUCCAAUAGCCUCGGCGGAGUGCCGCACAGCAAAACACCUUCAAUUUAAAUGCCAAAGCUAACGAAACUUGCCACAAGGUUGACUGCCACUGCCACGCCCACGCGCCCUCUCAUUUUUGCCUUUGCAUUUUUAAUUGAUUUUGCAAAAGUUUUUGCCGCUGAAGCAACAAGAACAGUAAACAUUAAGCAAAUGCAAAAGCCACUGCCGCUUUUCGACGGAGGCGGUGUGAAAAAGGGGCGGGGCUGGGAGAAGAAGGCGUGGCGGCGCCACAAGUCAUGCAACAAAUUAAGUGCGGAAUGCAAUUUGCCAUUCUAUUUGCAUUGGCGCUAGGUAUGUGCGAGUAGUUAAUAAAAAGCCAAAAGCAAACAAAAACGCAAACUUUAUAUUGCAAAAGGCACACAGGAAAAAUAUUUUACUAACUUUUUAAUUUGCAUAAUAUUUGCCAGUCAAAUUCUACUAAGAAAACAAUAGUUUUUUCAAAAUUUAACUUUUCUUCUAUUGCUGUGUUUAUGCUAUGCCUAUUUCAUGAAAUCAAUUCAUGAAAUGAGCAAAUUCGUCUGUGCAUAAACACCGUUUCAUGAAUUCGAUAACA